GGAGAAAGGGAGACCGGAUACCGUUGUGGCGUUGUGCGCAGCGCAUGCUCUGCAUCGGCGCUCGCUGGCCGUCCCCACCGCGAAGCCCGCGACCGCAGAUUGCUCCCUCCUCCGCCUUCCCCACCCCUAUUUCUUGCCUCUCUUCCUCCUCGUCGCUGCUCUCACAUUCACUCCUCCCCUGCCCUCUCCUCCUUUCUCUCGCCCCUCGGCGCCUCCGCUUUAUCGCCCCCUCUUUUCGUCGCUUUGCAGUGAUGGAUGACAAUGAUAAGGGUGAUCAUGGAAAGAUGCUUUACACACGGUUGAGGUUAUGGCAAUUCAUCGACAAGUAUAUCCUUGAGCCAAUUGAUGUCUCUUCUGAUUCUUAUUUGUCGAUCAGUCGCACUGAUGGAUCAAGCAGCUUAAUAGCUCAACUUCCAAAGUGCACAACACAGUCUCCAAGUGUUCGCCCUGUUUUUGGCGUGAUUGGCAUGCUUAAGCUUUUAGUAGGAUCAUAUUUGUUGGUUGUAACAGAGCGUGAAUGUGUUGGAUCUUACCUAGGGCAUCCAAUUUACAAGGUCUCAGGCAUGCAGAUUCUUCCAUGCAAUAAUUCUCUGAAAAAUUCUUCGUCUGAGCAGAAAAAGAUGGAAUCUGAGUUUUCUGUUCUUCUAGAGGCUGCACAAAGUACGCCAGGCCUGUACUUCUCCUACGACGUCAAUCUAACUCUAUGCUUGCAGAAGUUACAUGAGUUGGGAAAUGACUCGAAGAUGGUACCUCUUUGGAGACAGGCAGAACCUAGAUUUCUUUGGAAUAGCUAUAUGUUGGAAGCACUUAUUGAUAACAAAUUGGAUUCGUAUAUGCUACCAAUCAUCCAAGGAAGCUUCCAAAGUUUUCAAGCAGCCAUUGGUUCACAAAUCAUUGAUGUUACCUUAAUUGCACGUCGAUGCACAAGGAGAGCAGGUACUCGGAUGUGGAGAAGAGGAGCUGACUCAGAAGGCUAUGUUGCAAAUUUUGUUGAAUCAGAACAGAUUUUGCAAACUAAUGGAUUUACAGCAUCCUUUGUCCAAAUUCGUGGAUCAAUGCCAUUUCUAUGGGAGCAAAUUGUUGACCUGACAUAUAAACCUAAAUUUGAUAUUGUUAGGCCUGAUGAGGCGUCUCGUGUGGCUGAAAGGCACUUCUUAGAUUUAAAUAAAAAGUAUGGUUCAGUUGUAGCUGUUGACCUUGUCAAUCAGCAUGGAAGUGAGGGACGUCUAAGUGAAAGAUUUGCAAAUGCCAUGCAGACUAUUCAAAAUGAUGAUAUUAGGUAUGUACAUUUUGACUUCCACCAAAUCUGUGGCCAUAUACAUUUUGAGCGUCUGUCGAUCCUUUAUAGCCAAAUAGAGGAUUUCCUGAAUAAGCAUGGGUACUUCCUAUCAAAUGACAAAGGCGAGAAAGUUACAAGUCAGACAGGAAUUGUGAGAACCAAUUGUAUUGACUGCUUAGAUCGAACAAAUGUUACACAGAACAUGAUUGGGAGAAAGAUGUUGGAAAGCCAACUCAAACGAAUUGGUCUUUUUGGUCCUGAUGAGGCAAUCACUGCUCAUCCAUAUUUCGAUGCUAACUAUAAAAUUUUAUGGGCUAACCAUGGAGAUGCAAUUAGUAUACAGUAUUCUGGGACUCCGGCAUUGAAAGGAGAUUUUGUUAGGUAUGGGAAACGGACAGCUCAAGGAAUUGCCAAGGAUGGAUGGAAUGCUCUUGCUCGUUAUUAUUUGAACAACUUUGCUGAUGGGACAAAACAGGAUGCAAUGGAUUUGUUCCAAGGACACUAUAUUGUGUCUGUGAGUAGAGAUUUGGAUUCUUCAACCAAAGUUGGAGCAUUAGAGACAUAUAUGUCCUUUCGAUUGGCGUUGGCACUAGUCUUGUGUGGGCUUAUGUUUGCAUUCAUGUCUCUUCGACGAGCUCAAACCGAUCUUCGACAUCUAUUUCUAUCAUUCAUGUGGACUGGAUUGAGUCUGGGAAUCACAGCAUUCGUUCGAGCUAACGGUCGGACAUUCACCAACAGGCCUCGAUUUUACAAAUCAAAGCAUUGAAGAGGAUCUCACGUUCAUUCAAUUCAUCCACGUAGCCACAGAUAUUUCUAUCUUCAAUCGCAUAGUACGCUUUUAUUUUUUUAUUUGACUUUGAAUAUCUUUUGGUGUAUUUUUUUUUAUCACAAAAACACUCCAAUACGAGGACUAACUAUUGUUUUCCUUGUGAAUUUUUUAAUCUGUAAGACUUGUUCUUUUCGAUGCAUUUUGGAUAAUAAAUUUGAUUUGAAUAA